AUCAUUCCUUGUAACCUGAAUGCCGAGAUUGUCAGCGGGCAGCUUGCAGAGCCCGCGCCAUGCAUGUUCCAAGCUUGCUGGACGCGACGGGCCACAUUCCAAGCGUCUCCAUAUAUACCUCCACAUCAAGCAAGUCACUCAGAUACUUAGAUCCCCGUAAUAUACAAAUGCGUACGUACAAGGCUACCACUGGCACUAGCUGAUCACUAGUAGUUCUCUUCUUCAUCACCAGGUGGAUCUUGCAGCUAGCUGUUGCACUCGCAGUUUCUCUGCUUAGAGUUGACAUCUUGAUUAGGCAUCGCGUGUAGUAGGAGAUGGCAGGAAGACGGGUGAACGUGGCAAUGGUGCUCUUGAUAGCUCUGCAUGGGCUGCUGCCAUCGUCCACCAACGCCGCCCUGCAGGACGGCUUCUACAGCACCAGCACCAACUGCACCGUCGACGUCGAGGCCGUCGUGCGGGGCGUCGUCGAGCAGCACGUCUCCCGGUCCGGCGACGGUGGCUCCGGCGCGGGGCUCAUCCGCCUCCACUUCCAUGAUUGCUUUGUCAAGGGCUGUGAUGGCUCCGUCCUCAUUGAUCCGAGCCCCGUCAACCCGGACCCCGAGAAGGCCUCGCCGGCGAACGGCGGCCUCCGCGGGAUCGACGUGGUCGAGGAGGCCAAGAGGCAGCUGGAGGCCACGUGCCCCGGCACCGUGUCGUGCGCCGACAUCCUCGCCUUCGCCGCCCGCGACGCGGCCUACGUCCUCAGCUCCGGGGCGAUCAGCUACGACGUCCCCUCAGGCCGCCGCGACGGGCUCACCUCCGACGCGUCCGACGCCAGCCAGAGCCUGCCGCCGCCGUUCGCGCAGCUCGACGACCUCGUCCGCGCCUUCGCCUCCAAGGGCUUCGGCAUUGACGAGCUCGUCGCUCUCUCCGGCGCGCACUCCAUCGGGCGCGCGCACUGCUCGUCGUUCAGGGACCGGAUCCACCCCGCCGUGCACGAGACCAUGGACCCGAGCUACGGCGCCGACAUGCGGUCGCGGUGCCCCGAGGACGCCGGGGCGGAGGAACGGGUCGAGCAGGACCAGGCGACGUCGGGAGACCUCGACGGCCGGUACUUCGAGAACGUGCUCGCCGGGAGGGUGCCCUUCAACUCGGACCGGGCGCUGAUCGACGACGGCGAGACGAGGCGGAUGGUGGAGGAGAACGCGGGGGACCAAGUGGAGUGGGCGGCCAAGUUCGCUGCCGCCAUGCGGAAGAUGAGCGAGCUCACCGGCACCGCCGAGGGCGAGAUCAGGGAGUUCUGCCACGUGACAAACAGAGGCUAGCGACGGGGGGAUCGUCCAUCACGGUCGACUUGAUUUUAUUUAUUUGUAGCUUUUGUUUUCGUAUUUUUUGUUGAUACAUGUGAUUGUGGAAAAUCAUUUUUGGGUGAAAAUAUUGUGGGAACGACUCUUCAGUGUCGGAAAAAAAAACUAUCAAGUGACCAUAGUAAAAAAGUUGCAACGGGACACAAAAUCGAUGCAAUUUAAUGUGGAUCAUGCUCGUGCAUUGCAAUGAGAUUAAAAAUUGGCGCAAAUUUACCGAGGACAUAUUAAAAAGAAAA